AGAGAAUUUACGAAAGUAAUUUAUUUAUAGUUCGAACUGGUUAUCGAUAACCUAAUUAGAGUUCGAACUGCUCAUCUAAUACAAAUUUGAUAGUUAAAUUCUGCUUCUGUUGGUUCGGAGAGAGAAAAGUAUCACCUCCCCAUUGCACUUCCUCCUCCUCCUUCAAAACCCUCAUUAUCCCCCCCUCACUCCUUCCAUGGCGGCCACCACCAUCUCCCCAUCUCCUUCCCUCCUCUCCUCCCAUGCCCACCACCAUCAACCGUCCUCUACCCACAACCCAACCACCACCAUCUCCGCUCUCAAGCUCGCCACCACCAUCGACCAAAUCAAGCAAACCCACGCCCACCUCACAAGAACCUCCCCCUCCCUCUCCCCUCUCCUCCCCUCCCUCACUGCCGCCUACUCCAAGCUCUCCACUCCCCUCGGCCUCCACUACGCCCUCAAUUCCUUCCAACUCUCCGAUGCCCAUCUCGGCCUCGACCCCAAUCCUGCACUCUUCGCGUUGAACUCCCUUAUAAGAGGUUUUUCCUCUUUGGGUUCGGUUAGCGAGGCCAUUCGGCUUUAUGGGUCGAUUCUAGACCGAGGAUUGGUACCCGAUCGCUUUACUUUCCCACCUCUGUUCGCUGGUCUGACGAAGAUUGCAUGUUUUGACGAAGGGAUUCAGUUUCACGGGGUUGUGAUAAAGGUUGGCAUUGAUUCUGAUCCCUUCACUGAUAACUCCUUGUUACGCUUUUACGCCGAGUUGGGGGAUUUGGCUUCUGCAAAGAAGGUGUUUGAUGGAAUGUCUGAGAGGAAUGUGGUUUCGUGGACCAGUCUUAUUGAUGGGUAUGCGAGAGGGGGCGAGCCGCGAAAGGCUGUUGACUUGUUUUAUGAAAUGGUGGAGGAGAACAAAAUUAUGCCCAAUUCGGUUACUAUGGCUUGUGUUGUUUCGGCUUGUGCGAAAUUGCAGGAUUUGGAGGUGGGCGAGAGGAUCUGUGCUUAUAUUGCGGAAUCCGGGAUUGGGUUUAAUACGCAUUUGGUGAAUUCGCUUGCAAACAUGUAUAUGAAAUGUGGGGAGGUUGAGAAGGCAAAGAGGUUGUUUAAUGAAUGUGUUGAUAGGAACAUUGUCGUUUUUAAUACUAUGGUGACAAACUUUGCUCGACUGGGGUUUUCGAAUGAGGCUUUGUCUUUGUUUCAUAAAAUGUUGGGUUUGGGACCGAGACCAGAUCGAGUCACAGUAGUGGGUGCGGCCUCGGCCUCUGCUCAACUGGGUCAGCUCAAAUUUGGGAAACAACUCCAUGGAUACAUUAUUCGACAUGGAUUGGCUUGUUGGGAGUCUGUUAGUAAUUCAGUCAUUGAUAUGUACAUGAAAUGUGGUGAUCCUGAUGCUGCAUUCAGAGUUUUUGAAUUGAUGCCAAACAGGACCGAGGUUUCUUGGAACACCAUUAUAAAUGGAUGUAUAAGAAAUGGUGAUUUUGAUUUGGCUUGUAGAUAUUUCGACAUAAUGCCAAUAAGAGAUCUUUUCUCAUGGAAUACAAUGAUCAAUGCAUUAGUGCAAGUAGGCUGGUUCGAAGAGGCGAUUUUGUUAUUUCGAGCAAUGCAACGUGGAGAUGUUAGUCCUGAUAAAGUGACAAUGGUUAGUGUAUCUUCUGCAUGUGGGUAUUUAGGUGCUUUAGACCUCGCCAAAUGGGUGUACUCUUACAUUGACAAGAAGAAAAUAGUAUGGAAUGUUAAGCUUGGCACUGCAUUAGUCGAUAUGUUUGCCAAGUGCGGUGAUUCCAAGAGUGCAAUGAAAAUCUUUAAUCAAAUGCCUAUAAGAGAUGUUUCAGCUUGGACUGCAGCAAUUGGAGCAAUGGCUGUCGAGGGAAAUGGGAAACAAGCACUAGUGCUCUUCAACCAAAUGAUUACUGAAGGAGUAAAGCCAGAUAGUGUGGCAUUUGUAGGGGUCUUGACUGCAUUGAGCCAUGGAGGAUUUGUAAAAGAGGGCCGUCAAUUUUUCCAUUCAAUGACAAAAGUUUAUGGAUUUUCCCCUGAAGUUGUUCAUUAUGGGUGCAUGGUUGAUCUUCUUGGUCGAGCGGGGUUGUUAAAGGAAGCUAAAAUUUUCAUAAAAAACAUGACUAUCGAGCCUAAUGAUGUGAUAUGGGGAGCGUUAUUAGCUGCUAGCCGAAUACACCAUAAUCUCAAAUUGGCAGAAUAUGCAGCAAAAAAAGUUAUUGAAUUAGCCCCAGAGAGGAGUGGAAUUCAUGUUCUCCUCUCAAAUGUUUAUGCUUCGGCCGGCAAAUGGGAAGAUGUUGCGAGAGUGAGAUUGGAUCUGAAGGACAAAGGCAUUCAGAAAGAACCAGGAUCGAGCUUAAUUGAGAUAGAUGGAGAGAUUCACGAGUUCACUUCUACCAAUGAGUCGCAUCCCCAAAUGGGUUCCAUAGCCAAAAUGAUCGAUGAAAUGGGGGAGAAACUCUCGGUUUCUGGUCAUGUACCAGAGUUGGCUAAUGUUCUGUUGAAUGUGGAUGAUGAUGAGAAGAUGUUUCUUUUGAGUCGGCAUAGUGAGAAAAUUGCUGUAGCGUUUGGUUUGAUCAGUACAUCUAGGGGAGCGCCCAUUCAUGUUGUGAAAAACUUGAGGAUUUGUGGUGACUGUCAUGAAUUUAUGAAGCGUGUGUCUGAUAUAUAUGAAAGAGAAAUUACGGUUAGGGAUAAUAUUCGGUUUCAUCAUUUCCAUCAAGGGCGGUGCUCCUGCAAUGAUUAUUGGUGAAGAUGUUGGAUGUGAGAUUUAUACUUGGAUUCAUACUUUUUAUAAGAUCAUUGGAGGUAGAAUGCUAUAUAUAUAUAUGGGGCGAAGCAGCAUGUUUUACCUUAUGUACAGAAACCUGGUCGCCAAAAAAUCAAUGAGGUGUACGAGCCACAUUUCAUUAAUUCAUAAACUCCCUGGAGGUUUACAAUUCAUUUUAUGAGGAUUUUGCAUGCAUAAGGUAAAGUUGCAAAUUAUAACAGAUGUGUAAGUGUGUUAUUACCAAAAAUGACUGAGAUUGGAUAAAUUUGAUAUAACUGGUCUUCAGAAAAUUGCUGAGGAAAUUCAAUAUCAUCGAUCAUCAGAAAAUUGAUUCCUAUUUUCAUCUUCCAAAUGUCCCAGGUGUGCUAUAAUGUAGUAUCUCAAGCUGAAGUACAUAUGGUUUCUAUGCAUAGUGAACGAAACUCCAGGAAGGCAGGUCACUUGAUGUCCAUGUAUAGAGGAUGUUGUCCACAGGGUUUGUGCCCGUGAGAUAUAAGCAUCGGCCAUAUGAUAACGCUAGUUCCCCUUGGAGAUAUUUGCUGCAUUUGCAUAACCACUGAAGCCUGAAAGUUGGCUGAACGAACUGCAGCGGGGAUUUAUUCUUUGCAGAAAUAGUGAUUCAGAAUGAGAUUUCAUAGGGUGUUUUAUGCUGGAGAAUGAAGCUCAAGCGAAAAUGAACAAGGAUUUAUUGCUGCAACAGAUGAUAACUCUAAACUUAACGUCCAUGAUUGGUGCUCCAUAAGGAGGAGCUUGGUUCCCUAUUUGGGAUAGAUUUGAUGAUUAUCUGAUGCUACUGUUGCUGUUUUUCUUAAGCAUUACAUACGUAAAACUUUUGA